CCGCGCCCCGUGCCGCCCAGCCAGCCAGAGCGGGCGGGCCGGCAGAGAAGGAAAUACCACCACCAUCACCACCACCACCAUCACCACCACCACCACCAGGAUGCCAGACGUGAAAGAGAGGGCCGCCCGGAAGGAGUCCGGCGCGGCAGAGAGCGCCUCCCGUGAACCCCGCGGGGGAAACACCCGGGAGAGCGCGAGCAGCGCCCAGGGGCACCGAUCGUGUAUGACGGAGCGGGUCCAUGACACUUCCAAGCUUGAUUGCCACUUGGAAGAAAGGAGUUUAUCUUCAAGCAGCCUGGAAGGCAAGGACACCAUGCCCAGCGACUUCUGGGAGCAUCUGAAAGAGCAGCUGUCAGCCGUGCCCCCCGACUUCAGCUGUGCUCUUGAGCUUCUGAAGGAGAUCAAAGAGAUCCUGUUGUCCUUGCUGCUGCCACGGCAGAGCCGCCUGAGGAAUGAGAUUGAGGAAGCGCUGGACAUGGAGUUCCUCCAGCAGCAAGCCGACCGUGGGGACCUGAACGUCUCCUACCUCUCCAAGUAUAUCCUCAACAUGAUGGUCUUGCUGUGUGCACCAAUCCGUGACGAGGCUGUGCAGAGACUUGAGAACAUUUCAGAUCCGGUCCGGCUGCUGAGGGGGAUCUUCCAGGUCCUGGGACAGAUGAAGAUGGACAUGGUGAGCUACACCAUCCAGAGUCUCCAGCCCCAGCUGCAGGAACACUCCAUCCAGUUUGAGCGGGCUCAGUUCCAGGAGCGCCUCAACAAAGAGCCCAGACUCCUCAACCACACCACGAAGUGGCUCACCCAGGCGGCCACACAGCUCAUUGCCCCCUCUGCCAGUUCCCCUGACUUGCAGGACUGCUCCAGCUCGGCCUGCCCAUCUCCCAGUGAUGUCGCCGUCCCAGAGCCGCUCAGCCCCGCGAUGGUGCUGUCUCAGGGGUUCCUGAACCUUCUCACCUGGGACCCUGAGAAUGAAGAGUUUCCUGAGACCCUGGUGGCAGACAGAGCCGGGCUGCAGGAGCUGCAGUUGCAGCAGAACCAGCUAACCACCCUUGCUUCCGUCUUGCUGGUGGCCAGCAGCUUCUCUGACAGUGCCCUGUUUAGCUCGCCCCAGUUUGUAGACAAGCUGAAACGAAUCACAAAGUCCCUGGUGGAGGAUUUCAACUCUAGGCCCGAGGAAGUGAUGCAGACAGUGAGUGAGCAGGUGGUAGAGGAGAUCCACCAGGGUCUCAAGAGUAUGGGCCUGGCCGCUCUGAGCAGCGAGAAUACGGUGUCCCUGGUGGGACAGCUCCAGAACAUUGCCAAGAAGGAAAACUGCGUCCGCAGCGUCAUCGACCAGCGGAUCCACUUGUUCCUCAAGUGCUGCUUUGUCCUGGGUGUGCAGCGAUCCCUCUUGGACCUUCCCGGGGGCCUCACUCUGAUCGAAGCGGAGCUGGCAGAAUUGGGCCAGAAGUUUGUCAGCCUGACGCAUCACAACCAGCAGGUGUUUGCCCCGUAUUACACCGAGAUCUUAAAAACCCUCAUCUCCCCAGCCCAGACCCUGACCACCAAAGGCGGGUCUCUCUGAUGGCAUCGGCUCCGGAGCACUGGCACCUUGGACCCAGGAGAAAGCCCAUCUUCCUGGGAUGACAUCCCCAUUGAGCAGCAGAGCCGUGGGUCCCCUCUGCCCCACCCUCCACAGCCAGCACACCAGGGCUGUAACAAGACAAACAUGUAAACAACUGGCCCAAACCCGCUCCAUAAUAAACUUCUGAACUGCAUGCA